AAUAUCUCAAGAGUUAUUUUAACUCUUAUUGAAUUCAAUUAAGCCAUUAACAUAUCUUUUCUUACAAAGUUUACUAUUCCAAUUCAUUAAUUCUUGAGGAAAGAAAUUAAACAAUUAGUUAAUAAUUUUAAUAAUAGUCUACGAUAAAAUAUCUUGCCAAUGUUUAUUUACAUUCCGAAAUCGAUAUCUUGUCCAUCUCUAUUUGUAAACCAACACGUUAAGGUUAUGCUAGCGGGGUUCUUGGUGAUUACAGAAGUAUGGUUGAUGCCAAUACUAGAGGUGUUUUAGAGUUAUUAAAACGAUCAGGAAAUGAUACCUGUGCAGAUUGUGGCGCAAAGGGUAUGUUUUUAAAACAUCUUAAAGAUAUUUUUUUAAUGAAAGAGAUCUAUAACUUCAGUUAUUUUCCAGGACCUGAAUGGGCCUCCUACAACAUUGGCAUUUUCCUUUGUACAAGAUGUGCUGGGAUUCACAGAGGUAUGGGAACACAUAUUUCGAAAAUCAAGCAUAUAAGGUUGGACAGAUGGGAAGAUAGCCAAGUUCAGCGGAUGAGAGAAAUAGGAAAUUUAGUUGCAAAAGCUAAAUAUGAAAAGAGAGUGCCCCCUUGCUACAGAAUUCCAACAGAUGGAGAUCAUGACUCCUUACUAGAAGAAUGGAUCUGUGCAAAAUAUUUAAGAGAAGAGUUUUCUAGACCUGAGCGUCAGGCCUUUAUGACUGGUCAUAUGGAAGGUUUUUUAAUGAAAAGAGGAAAAGAAGAUCCCAAAUACUAUCCUCGUAAAUUUAUGUUGUCGGAAGUAGACGAUACCCUCAAAUAUUAUGUUGAUGAGAAGAAAGAUCCAAAGGCAGUCAUGAAGGUUUCGGAAAUCAAUGUAUCUUUUUCUCCUGUCAAAAUGGAGAAAAAGAAUUCUUUUCAAAUAAGUUAUCUUAAAGAUGGUACCACAAGACAUAUUUAUGUUUAUCAUGAUGACCCACAAACAAUAGUGAAUUGGUAUAACGCUAUUCGUUGCACAAAACUCCACAGACUACAGAUUGCUUUCCCUACAGCAAGUCAAGCUGAGCUUGUAAACUUGUUAACAAAAGACUUUGCUCAUGAAGGUUGGCUUUGGAAGACAGGCCCUAGACCUACCGAUGCUUACAAGAAGAGAUGGUUUACUCUUGAUCGCAGGAAACUGAUGUACCAUGAAGAACCUCUGUCGGCUCAUCCUAAAGGUGAAAUAUUCCUGGGCAACAUGAUGGAUGGAUAUUCUAUAAGAGUCGGUGUUCCAACUGGUGUUAGGGAUCAAGGAUUUUCUUUUACUCUUCGGACUCCGUCUCGGUGGUAUUACCUUUCGGCUGAGAAUUCAUUUGAUAGAGAUGUCUGGAUAUCUGUUGUGACUGCUGUUUUGGAACAGCCAGUCUCUCCUCAAGAUAAUACAAGUAUAUGAUAUUUUUUAUUAUAAAUU